AGAUUUUAACUAUUUUUUCCUCAGGGAUAUAUUAAUAAAUUAGUUUUCAUACAACUUAUGUUAUACUUUUACUUGACUUUAUAUAAAAAAUAAUCAUGUCAUUCUUUGGAGGAGGCUCCGAUCGCAAAAUGGAAGAUUGCGUUUUUCAGCUGAAGUUCUGCUCAAAGCAGAUGGAAAGGCUAUCAAAAAAGGCAGAAAAGGAUCAAAAGCUGCAAGAGGGAAAAAUCAAGAAAGCUCUCACACAAGGCAAUGUUGAAGGAGCUAGAAUCUAUGCAGAAAAUGCAAUACGUAAGAAGAAUGAGUCUUUGUCAUACCUCAGAAUGGCCUCCAAAGUAGAUGCUGUCCAGAGCAGACUGCAGUCUGCUGUUGCCAUGAAGGGCAUCACUAAAAAUAUGAGCUCUGUUGUGCGGAACCUGGACACUGCCCUCAAUUCCAUGGAUCUACAGAAAAUUUCUGCAGUUAUGGACAAAUUUGAAUCCCAGUUUGAAGACUUGGACGUCAGAACUUCUGUGCUUGAAGGAAGCAUGGGAGCAGCAACAACCCUCUCUACUCCAAAGGAAUCUGUUGAUGCUCUCAUCCAACAAGUGGCUGAAGAAGCAGGACUGGAAGUCCUGGACAAGCUGGGCGAGGCUGGAGCGGCUCCAACCUCAACGAUAGCGGCGGGCGAGCGAACCACGGACUCCGAAGACCAGCUCAGUCGCAGACUGGCGGCAUUGCGAAACUAAAUUUAUGUUACAAUUGUCCAGUGCGCAACUGAAUUUUGCAGUGAGAGUGUAACUAUUCAAUUGGAGGUAAUAGCUAUUCAUUGGGCUCAUGAAAGGCAACUAUGGUCCAAUUUUCUGAAAUCUGAAAUUUCUUUCAAAAUUUGCUGCCUGAUUUUUUUUUAUUGUUGAUUAAUUUGAAUGAUCAGAAGUCAAAGGUUGAAUUGAUAACCUUAACAUUCAUCUAUAAGAUAUAUAUGAUAUUGUAUGUGGCUUAGGCUUGUUAUUCUCUCUAUGACAUUCACAAAAUGCGUGGAACAUCUUUACUCAUUCAAAGAUUGUUAUUAUUUUUAAAACGAUUAUAUUUUUUUCACUAUAAAUCACCAAAGUUGAUUAGCUUCACUAUAUUUCCGUAUGCCUUAUUAUCACCACAAUAUCUGCAUGUGAUUAUACUUGAAGUUGAUAGUAAUUAAGGAGGUACGAUACGAUUAACCUACGUUACAAGAUAUGUUGAAUCUAGCACGCUGUGGGAGCAGCCCACAAGUCAAGUGCAGCAAUAACCUGCCAAAUGAACGUUAUGAUAAUACCAUGUACCUUAUUAUAAACUUAUUUUCUAGCAUCCCCCGAUUUACGACCAUGCUUUUUCUUCCCGCUUCUUUUCAGUCUUUUGUCAAUCAGUUGAUUAUAUUUUGAUGCACUUU